UCCCUCUAAGCUCCACGAGAGCCACUUUACCUUUACGAACAUCUCUGCAGCUGCAUACGCUUGCGCCUGUGAAUCUGGAUAUAUUUUGUAUGCUGAAGAGUCGCCAUUGACUUCUUUUUAAAGGUUGAAUAUUUUGUUUUUUUGAGGCCUCUGAUGGGAUCUACAAUGAGUUUGUUGUUUUCCCCCUAAUGGACGGCAUUGUGGUCGCUCUUAAAUACACAAAUACAAUUUAGAUUCCUAAAAGCUCACCAAUCAACAGUGCCAACAAGAUGCAGAAGCACGUGGAGGUCAGGAUAGAUGAAGGCCACUUGGAGCCUCCAGUGGACACGACCGAGAGCUUUUGCAGCAAUGUAUGUGAUAAAGUCAUGAAGAACAUGGUUCUAACGCUCACAAUUCUUGGUGUGUUUCUCGGUUCCAUUGCUGGAAUGCUGCUGCGACACAUAUCGCCUCUCCCUCCUGAUGUUAUUUUGAUCAUAAGCUUCCCAGGGGAGAUCCUAAUGAGGAUGCUAAAGAUGCUUAUUUUGCCACUUGUUGUUUCAAGUCUGGUCACAGGACUGGCCGGCUUGGAUGCUAAAUCAAGUGGUCGUCUCGGCACCAGAGCUAUGGUGUACUACAUGUCCACAACCGUGAUUGCAGCUGUCUUGGGGGUGAUCUUGGUGCUGCUCAUCCAUCCUGGGAACCCCAAACUGAGAGCUAAUCUUGGACAAGGAAAGAAGAAUGAUGAUGUCUCCAGUGUGGAUGCUUUCUUUGAUCUCAUCCGGAAUCUGUUCCCAGAAAACUUAGUGCAAGCCUGCUUCCAACAGAUACAAACGGUGACCACCAAAGUACCCGUGCCCACUAACAGAACCAAAGCACCCCCUCAAUUCACGAUCAAGAGGUCCCUUCAGUUCAAGAGUGGGAUGAAUGUCCUUGGUUUAAUUGGAUUCUUUGUUGCGUUUGGAGUCAUGAUGGGGAAAAUGGGGGAAAAAGCCAAACUGAUGUUGGAGUUCUUCAAUGUCCUGAAUGAGAUCAUCAUGAAGAUUGUUAGUGCAAUCAUGUGGUACUCUCCUGUUGGUAUUGCAUGCCUAAUCUGUGGAAAGAUCAUCUCCAUUGCUGACCUGGAGGUGGUUGCCCGACAGCUGGGAAUGUACAUGGUCACUGUGAUAGUGGGCCUCAUCAUCCACGGAGGCAUCUUUCUUCCACUUAUAUAUUUUGUCAUAGUCAGACAAAAUCCUUUCAAGUUCUUCAUGGGAAUGUUCCAGGCCUGGGUCACAGCACUUGGAACAGCAUCCAGUGCCGGAACCUUGCCUGUCACGUUCCGAUGUUUAGAGGAGAACCUAAAAAUUGAUAAGAGAGUCACCCGCUUUGUCCUCCCUGUGGGGGCCACAAUCAACAUGGAUGGCACAGCGCUUUAUGAGGCCGUGGCUGCCAUUUUCAUCGCUCAGAUGAAUGGAAUUGUUCUGGACUGGGGCCAGAUUGUCACGGUCAGUAUGACGGCAACCCUCGCCAGUGUUGGAGCGGCCAGUAUUCCCAGCGCUGGACUGGUAACCAUGCUGCUAAUCCUUACAGCAGUCGGCCUGCCCACUCAGGAUAUUAGCCUCCUCGUGGCUGUCGACUGGCUCCUAGAUCGCUUCCGUACUUCAGUCAAUGUGGUUGGCGAUUCAUACGGAGCGGGAAUUGUGUACCAUCUUUCCAAAGACGAGCUCGACUCAUUCGACGCCCAACAGUCCAGACUGGAUGACUUUGAAAUGGCUAAAACAAAAUCCUUCUUUGAAAAUAGCACCAACCAGAAUGUGUACGCUCACCACAACUCAAUUUUGAUAGACGACUGCAAGGUCAACAUGGGCAAAAAUGGCAAGACGACAGAUUUCUCUCUUGUUGAAGAGGAACCAUGGAAAUGCGAGUAAAGCAGACCCCGAGGCUGCUGCGCCUUACCUUGAGUUCCACAAGUCCUUUUGAUGACAAAACUACCGAAAAGACACUCAAACAACAAUUAUGGCAGUGCAAGUCCAAGACGACCACCCUUUCCUUUUCAGUCCUUUUCAGUCUGGAUAGCUUCAGCUCACCUCACAUAGAUUGUGCAUUUGCACAAAAAUUCAAUGAACUGGUGCAUUUUAGGCACUGAUAAAAUGAACAUUUGGUUGAGAAGACUCAGGGCCUUACUCGGUGCUGCUACAAGCUUCCUGUUUUGUCAGCUGCAGAAUUCUUCAACCUUUUGUAAGAUCUCAUUACACUUUUGUAUUGAAGCUUUUCUUAGGUUUAGAAACAUUGACUGUUUGUUCACAAUGCUAACAUGGUCUGUGAGAGCAGAAUGGAAACAGAAGGUAUCUGCAUGGUGUUAGGAUGCAAAAUCAAGACUGCGCUCCCUUUCACUUUCUGACUAAUGGGAUUAUACCCUGAGGUCGUACAUACAAACAAGCUGAAGCGCUUAAGUUUUAGACCAUAAGAGGUAAAGGUGUGGCCUAUAAUUACGGCAACAACCAGCACAUGAUGUCUUGUUUUAACAGCAAGUACAUGGGGGUGCCCUCCAGUUUUUUUAUGUGUUUUUGACUGAAACACAGAAUUUUUGGAAGUAGUUACAAAUGUAUGUCUGGCAUGUAUGUGUUCGUAUGCGCCGUUCCUGAGAGCAAGUGGGGAUGAUCAGAGAGGCAAACAAGUUGGGUUCAGUAAGUGGGAUUCAAAAGGUGGAAAUGACUCUCAUACUCUCCAGGCCAGUGCAUUGAUGUUGUUCUUUUCAAAUCUGGUGUUUUCUUUACUAUUUAUCUAACUUGCCUUGAAGACGUCAACUGCAUAAUGCAGUCAGUGUGGUGAAAUUUAAAUUAAAAGUUGAAUGACUAGAGGAAAUGGUUUGUACCCGGCUUUAUGGCUGUAUGAGGACGGCUGGGUCCCUCUCAUCAGCUAGACUUUCAUUUAGACUCAUUUCAUUUUGCUUAAGUGACUACAGUGGUACCUCGGUUUUUGGUAAUAAUCUGCUCCAAAAGGUCUGACCAAAUUCGAAUUGUACAAAAAACUAAUAUUUUUUUUGUCAAUAAUAAACAAUGUAAACCCAAUUCAUCUCUUCUAGAUACCCCAAAAUAUUAAUAAAAACACAUUUUAUAGUGAAUAAUUACAGUUUACAUGCAGAAAAUAACAGUGAGGGAGUAUUUGAAAGGACAUCCACUUUUGACCACCUUUGUGAUUUGCUAUGACUUCUUUCCUGAAUGCAAUAGGUUUUUUUUUUUUUUUUUUUUUUUAAUUAUUUUCCUUAUCAAAGUGCUGGCACUUGCAACUAUCUUCGGUCCAAUGGUGGGUUUUUUGGCAGCCGUACUUGUUAUCAAACAACUACAGACACAACCAGUGAUGACAUAAUAGAGGGGUCAGAGUUGAGCACAGGCUAACAUGCACAUUUUGUGCAAAGACACUAUACAAGAUUGAUUUCCCAGAAUGAAACGCAAAAAAAAAAAAACAACUAGUUUACUAAGCACAAAACCCAGAUAUAUUUUUGCCAAUAGUUUUCGUCACAUACGUGGGCAUAAGGAAACCGAGGGACCACUGUACAUACUGUACCAUAGCACCAUUGGGUUUGUUCAUGUUUGUUUUUCAGGUGUACAGUCUCAGCUUUAAUGUUAAAGUUGUUCAACAAGAUCAUUAAAUGGUAACUUUAUGUAGCUGGAUGAUCCAGUGUAGCAUCUCUUCGAUUUUAGUCAUUUAUUUUUGUCUAAAAUAAGCAACAUCUAAGACUAUAUUCAUGUUUAAAGUGCCUCCUUGCACUUCACGUAUAUACAGUAGAUCUAUACUCUUAAAGAUAAAUGUGGAAUAUGUAUACAGACGGUUGUUCUUGUCAUUGGUCUAAAUUGUUUUUGUGAUGCUUUCUAUUAUGAAUUACCAAUGAUAGAACUAGAUUUAUAAUCCCCUCUAUGAGCCUCUGGUUUUCUCGUUUGUGAAAAUGUGUCUAUGUGACACGUUCGCCGAACCUGCAGACAUUUUUACAAGGAUCUUCUGUUCCGUGUGUAUUUUGAAUUUGUUAGUCAUAAGUGAAAUGGAAAUUUCAUGGUUGUGAACAAUUGAUACAUUAUUGAGGUGUAGUGAUGACAAAUUCAAUCUUAGAUGAUGUCAGGUCCUUUCUUGAUCGAUAUCUAAAAAUCAUGUGGUGUCCAGUCAUCACCAUCGUUAUUACUGACAUGAACGUUUUGCGAGUAUAAGGUUUAUCUGUCACUAUUUUCCAUAAAUGUAACAUUUUGUAGUUAUCUUUUUACAUGUUUUUCAUGACGUGACUUUGACUGAACACUGCAAAAAACAUUCUCUAGUUUUUAGUCAGCAAACUCCGAAGAACGCGUCAUAUAAAACUGAUUUUCAUAUUUCAGAGGAACUACUGUGCCCCAAAUGGACCCAUGUAUUUCUCCCUAAUUUUGGAGAGUAUGGUGUUAUUGUUUCAUGGUUUGUUUUUUAAGGCUCAUGAGGGGGGAUAUUACUGACAUUAUUACUGAAAUUACUGGGGGAUAUUUGUUAGUAACUAGUUAGUAACUGACAACCAAAACUCAUUGCAGAAUACAUCUCUGAACUGAAGGCAUCAUUUAUUUUAUUUUAUUUUUUAUAUGAUAAGGAAAAUGUUUUUAGUCAACUGAGCUAAUGUAGCAAGUAUUUUUCAUGAAUAUGCUAAAUCUUUAGACAAUUCAACAUAUAUUUUGUAUUUUCUCUAUUAUGUAUUGAGUAUUCAUUUCAUGUUUAACAUUGUUUGUCAUAUAAUUUGACCAAGACUGUCCGAUGGCGCAAGACAUUGCAAACAGACAACAACUGCAGGCCGAACUGCAGGUCUUUGUCAGGUGAAAAUAAAGCAAAAGCAUGUAAAUGUUUUAAUACAUGUGUGUAAAUAUCAAAGGAUACAAAUAAAUUAUUACUG